AUGACAUUUAAAUCGCCGUUGAAAAAGCUUAAUCCUUUCCUCGAUUCAGAAGGUUUGCUGAGGAUAUUUGGACGUCUACAAAAUCUGGAUGCUCCUUUCGAUACAAAAUAUCCCAUAAUUCUUCCAUCGAAAGCGCAUCUAACGUUCCUGAUUGCGAAGGCGACCCACUUUAGAAUGCUGCAUAGCGGACCUCAACUACUACUAGCCACCUUGAGACAGCGUUUUUGGCCAAUCAGAGGACGAGACCUCGCUACGAAGAUCGUCAGAGAGUGCAUGGUUUGUUUUCGAUGUAAACCCAAAAGCAUCUGCCAGAUCAUGGGACCACUACCAGCUGUUCGUCUUACGCCUUCGCGUCCGUUCGUUAGUAGUGGCGUCGACUAUUGCGGACCGUUUUCUGUUCGUCCACCGAACCGUCGAGGUUCGUCAAUGAAAAUAUUCGUCGCAAUUUUCAUUUGUAUGUGGUCGAAAGCAGUGUAUAUUGACAUGGUCUACAGUCUCACGACUACCGCCUUCGUGAACGUUCUUAUUCGUUUCUUGUCGCGGCACGGUAGUGUAGCUCAUAUUUAUUGCGAUAACGCGCGGACGUUCGUCGGAGCAAACCGCGUGCUCCAGGAAUAUCGUCGCGAGUUCAACGCGAUGCAUUGCUCCGAGAAACUCGCUUCGCAUUGUGCUGACAAUGGAAUAACCUUUCAUUUCAACCCUGCACGAUCACCCCACUUUGGAGGCCUAUGGGAGGCCUCCGUCAAGACCUUCAAAUAUCACCUCUACCGUAUAAUGAAGGAUUCGCUGCUGAUCAUCGAUGACUUCCACACGCUCAUCACCCAGAUACAAGGAGUGAUGAACUCUCGUCCGUUGAUGCCCUUGUCCUCCGAUCCGGCGGACGUGAUUGCCCUAACGCCUGCGCACUUUCUUGUGGGAGAGCCAAUCAAUUCGCUCCCGCAACCAGAUUUGUGUGACUUUCCUGACAACCGUCUUAACUCAUUCCAGACAAUGCAGAAACGUUUCCAGCACUUCUGGAAGGCUUGGUCGCGCGACUACAUCGGCCAACUGCAGAACCGCCAGAAAUGGCCAGUGGUCCAUCCUGAUGUCGACGUAGGCACACUCGUUCUGCUGAAGAAGGAGUCAACACCACCCAUGAAAUGGAACCUUGGACGGGUGGAACAAAUUUUCCCAGGAAAAGACGGACACGUGCGUGUGGUCCAGGUCCGGACCGCACAAGGUACUUACCGACGAGCCAUUACAGAGGUGUGCCCACUCCCUAUCGAGCAGCCUCGCACCCAAGACAUCAGCGCUACAGUUCCUGCAGAUGCACCACCGACCACCCACUAA